AACGGGUUGGCAUCAUUCAUUAUUUCUGAGGAGGCCACAUCCCUGUUCUCACUGUCAACUGCCCCUUGUUCAAUGACCCAUCUGUGACUUCGCAUCGAAAGCUCAGUUCCAGUCCCGUCUCUCUUAAUCCAUUCCUCCUCCUCCUCCGUUUCAUCCACGUCUCUCUGUGCUCAUCGCUUCACGUCCCUCUCCUCUUGCUGUGUGUGCAUGGCGUUGCUACCCUUCAUCUGACCCUGCGUAGGUGGAGGAGGAGUCUGUAGCUAAUCUUCUUUGCUGUUGUUCGGAAAAGGUAGAUCGCACUGAAGAAAUCGAGGUGGUAGGCGUCGUCCACCACAACCGAGUUGUAUCGCAAUGGGGCGAUUAGUAGUGGACGUAAGGACUCAGGUGGAGGAGACAGACUCGAAGCCCAAGUCCAGUGAUGGAGAGGCGCAGUGGCACCAGAUGUCCAUGCAACUCGUUAGUUGUCCCGAACUUAAAGAAUCAGUUGGGCUCUUUCAAAUGCCCGAGCACAAUGCGUUUGGCCAAGCUUUCAGAGCAUACGAUGCAAAGGAUGGGGAGCGUCAAGCAUGCGUGGAGGAUCUCUAUCGCGCUAAUCAUACUCACCAGACCUACGAUUUCGGUCAAGCCAUGCGGCAGAAGCACCUGCAAUUCAACAAAGCGGUCAUGAGCAUCUGGGAUUGUUGCGAGCUUCUGAACGAGUGCGUAGAUGACAGCGAUCCUGACCUGGAAGAGCCACAAAUUCAGCACCUGUUGCAGACUGCAGAAGCAAUCCGCCUUGACUACCCCGAUGAUACCUGGUUCCAUCUUGUGGGACUUAUUCAUGAUUUGGGCAAAGUGUUGUUGCAUCCUUUGUUCGGAGAGGAGCCUCAAUAUGCAGUUGUUGGUGACACUUUCCCAGUAGGAUGCGCUUUUGAUCCCGCCAUUGUGCACACCGAGUUGUUCAAGGACAAUCCUGACACGCAUAAUCCCCAAUUUUCUACCAAGUUGGGAAUUUACCAAGAAAAGUGCGGGCUUGACAACGUGGUCAUGUCCUGGGGCCACGACGAGUACAUGUACCAGGUCAUGAAGCACAACAAUACAACACUUCCACCGCAAGCGUUGUUUGUUAUCCGCUACCACUCCUUUUACGCGCUGCAUCAAGCGGGAGCAUACAAGCACCUAUUGAGUGAGACCGACCACGAGAAUCUUCAGUGGCUUGAAAAAUUCAACAAAUUUGAUUUGUACUCCAAAAGUAAGGUGCGCGUCGAUACUGAUGAAGUGUAUCCCUACUAUCAGUCCCUCAUUGACAAGUAUUUUCCCAAGGUACUUCGAUGGUGAGCUAAGUGCAGAUGAAUACAUUCAAGCAUCUAGGAGAGCUUCAUAUUUGUGCAACCCUGUUCCAACAAUCGUGUACUAUACAUCUAGGACUGAAGAAUCCGAAGUUGAAUGAUCAAAUUGAUGUUCCAUGUGCUAAAUAAUACGCUACAUUCAUGAAUCAGCUCUCGUUCGGCAUUUAGUAUUACAAUUACUUCAUAUUGGUUAACAAAUGUCGUAUUUGGGUUCUCUCGACUACCUUGCUUGGAAUAUCUCUUGGGCCACAAGAGAAAUGACCUAAUCUCUCUGCAAGGUUAUCCAAUAUUUCCAGCACUUACCUUCAAAGAGGUCUAUUUGUUCUAGAAUCCGGAUUGAACCCUAAUAUUUUCUGAGAGUGCCCUGAUUUCUGUGACGUGCAAUCCGUAUCUACUUUUUAUUAAUCAAUUAUUAUAAACAUUCAAUUCUCA